CACAGCUGAGUUUGACACCUGAGGAGGAGGAAGAAGAAGUUUGAAGUAGUCAACACAGCUCUUCGAGCUCCUUCAAACGUCUCCCGCAUUUCCACCCUGCGUCUUCAGCAUCUGCAACGAUCGUUUAUCUGCAACGACUGUCCAUGUAUACGCGCCAGCCUAUCAUAGGACUAGUGUUAGGGGCCCAGGCCCCUGGCAGGGGGCCUCCUGCAUUUGGCUGCUUUGGCCAGCAUUGACAAGCGCUGAUCGAAUCGACCUGUCGCACAAUAUCGUAGCCAGUUCCCGAGGAGCCAUGGGGUUCUUCUUCUCGUUCUUCCUUGGUGUCAGCAUUGGAGUGGUCAUUAUGUUUGGCCUUGCAUUUUGUGCCCGCAAGAGGAGCGUCUCCAGAAUGCAGAGGGCUGUGGAGAUUGCCAGUCUGGCGGCUAUUGACAUUGCGGGGCUUAAGAAACUGUGCGGGGAGAAGGAUGUGCCAUCGUGGAUCAACUUCCCAGAGUUCGAGCGGGUCGUUUGGCUUAACAAGGAACUUAAGGAGUUGUGGCCAUACGUGAGCAAGGCCGCGUCAGCAGUUAUCAAGGCGUCAGUUGAGCCCAUCCUGGCGCAGUACCGCCCCCCCCUCAUCUCGAGCCUGCUCUUCACCAAGCUCACCCUGGGCACCACGGCCCCCCAGAUCGCAGGGGUAAGGAUCAAGUCGAAGAAAGGGGAGGAGGUCGUUCUGGAGCUUGACUUCAAGUGGGGUGGCAACCCGAGCGUGAUCCUGGGCAUCAAGACGUUCACGGGCGUGUCCCUGCCCGUGCAAGUCAAGGACCUCCAGGUCUUUGCGCUCGUGCGCAUCUCCUUCUCCAAGUUCACGGGGGAGGCCUUCCCCUGCUUCGGAGCCAUGCUCGUCUCGCUCUCGCAGCGGCCUACGAUCAACUACACUCUCAAGGCGGUGGGCGGGAACCUGGGCGCAAUCCCCGGGAUCCAAGGGAUGAUCAAGGAUAUCAUCGUGAACGCCGUGGAAGAUUCGUUGCUGUGGCCACGCCGGAUCGUGGUGCCCAUUCUACCUGGUGACUACCGCGACUUGGAGCUCCGCCCGGUGGGGAAGCUGACGGUGGCACUCGUCAAAGCGGAGGGGCUGCGCAAUACAGUCACGAUGGGCACCAGCGACCCGCUAGCGAUUGCGUGGGUGCGCCCACUGUUCAAGAACCAGACGCGCAAGGUCAACAACACGCUCACCCCGGUCUGGGACGAGAGCUUUGACAUGGACGUGGAAGACCCCGAGUUGCAAAAGCUGUGCAUUAAGGUGGUGGACUAUGACAUGCUGGGCUUGACGGCCGCCACCAAGAUGGGCAGUGCCACGGUGGAGUUCCACGCGCUCCCGCCCGACACGCCCACCGAGUACUGGCUGGACCUGCUGGACGAAGACGACGAGAAGAAGGUCGGGCAGUCCAAGAAGGACCUCGGCAGGAUACACGUCAAGCUGACGUGGCACGUGUACACCAAGGAGGAGCAGCAGGCCGCCAUGGAAAAGAUUGCGGCGGCCGCCGAGGCGCGCAAGCAGCAGGGCUCCGGCGGCGUCGUAGGGGGAGCCGUGGAUAUGGUCGGAGACGCCGCGGGGGCGGGGGCCAAACUCAUCGGCAGCGGCGCCAAGCUGGCGGGCAGCAUGGGCAAGAGCGUUCUUUCCGGCGUUGGCUCCGGCCUCGGUGGUUCCGGGCGGUUCCGCUUCCGGAAGAGCAUGGAAGGAUCCCCUAAGGAGGAGCGGAAAGUGAACGGCGAUGCAGCGCUGGGGCUGACGCCGCGUUCUUCACCGGGGUCGUCGCUUCGUCGGCAGUCGGCCGCUUAGUUCGGCUGACCGUGUUGGAAAGUUGUGUUGAAGUUCAUAGUCUUUGAUGAAAAAAGAAGUCAUGUCUUCAAGAAGCGGUCAUGGGGCUUUCGAUUGCCGCAACUUUCGAGCGUCCACCAUCUGAAGCGGCUUCGACUGGAACUCCGAACGUCAAAAGGGUGGAAAGGGGUUUGAACACGGGUUGCUGAACCUCCGGUUCGUAACUUGAAAUCGAUUAUGCAAGGUAGCGGGCAUGUGGACGGACAAGUGCGUCCUUGAAAGUGGAGGCCGCCGCACAAGGGAGACGUUGAAGCGCAUCCUCCCACGCACCGUCAGUCGGUCAAAUUGAAGUCCUAAGUCCUGGUUGUAUAUGACGUCGUUUGUGUCCGUCUAAGCUUUAUUCUUUCGCCUUGUUGAGAAUCUGUGGAACCUAAUAACAUUGUUUCUGUCUGGCGUCUGUAGACGAAUCCUAAGGAGGAAGGUACCUUUUAAGCGUUGCAGUUAUAGCUCUGACAAGUUGAAGCAGAUUAGAGUACAACCACAGCUGACAGAGUCUUAGGUAACAUUCUUUCGUUCACCCCGACUAACGAGAUGAGAACAGUAAUUUCUUUCAUGAUGUAAUAGACUCUUGGUCUUUUUGCCUCACACCGUUCGAUGAUGUUAGAUCCCCACUAAAGGG